AUGAAGGGUGUAAUGAGAUUUGGGACGCGGGGAAAACUUAGCUCCAGGUAUGUAGGUCCUUUUGAGAUAUUGAGGACAGUUGGAGAGGUCAGAUAUGAGUUGGCUUUAACCCCGACCUUUUCAGCUAUUCACCCAGUUUUUCAUGUUUCGAUGUUACGCCUGUAUGUUCCAGAUGAGUCCCAUGUGAUUCAGUAUGAUGCAGUUGACUUGGAUGACAGUUUUAGAUACAUUGAGGAGCCAGUUGCUAUUUUGGCCAUAGAUGUCAGACGGUUGCGUUCCAGAGCCAUUACUUUGAUUGAGGUCCAUUGGAGACAUCGUCCAGUUGAGGAGGCUACCUGGGAGACCGAGCAUGAGAUACGGGCGCAGUUCCACGGCUUAUUUGAGCCUUCAGGUACUUCUUGA